AUGUUUUCAUUUGUUUCUGCUGGUGAAGUUUCGUCCGCGUCCCAACCAAAUCGAGCAACUGACUUCAAACUGAAUUCGGAACUUGCUCCAAAUAUUCCCUCAGAUGAAGACAUACCUUCAGAUGCAGAAGAUACCGACGACAAAAGUCCACACAGAUUGUCUCUUUCCGAGCUCAAUGGACCUUUCCUUUUGAACCAAGUUGCGAAGGAGAACGCUGCCGCAAGGCAGGAGAAGCUCGAUGACGAUUCGGAACCCUUGUCGUCUCUCGAUAAGGAAGACGCCCCUUCCAGCAAAGCAAAAAUAAGGUAUCAGCCGAAACCUGUAACGUCAUUACACAAUGGAACUGUUUCACCUAUGCGUGAACGACUACUAGCUGAUGGGAGAAAUGGAACUGAUUUUUUAUCGGCUGAACCUGAAAGCAGUCGCCAGGAGUUUGCAAAACUGUGGUGGGUGAACUUGUGGAUCCAACAAAUGCCUUUGAAUGACCAAGAUGACCUCGAUACAUACGAAGAAAUCUCAAACUCGGAAGAAAAUGCCCGAGAUGAACCAUCAGAGAACGUUUCACCUCCGAAAGAAGACCGCCUUGAGGAAAAGGCCGCAGAGAAUGAGUUGCUGGUCGAACAGAAUUUUACUGAACAAAAACAUACGCAGUAUGAUGAGUUGCACAAUUUUGAUGUCAAUACUACUGGUACUAGGCGGAAAAGCGAUGAUGAAAAUACGGCUGAUUCCGCCCGUAGAAAUGGUGUGCGAAUGGAAAAUCCUAGAGCAUUGGAAGAGACUGCGUUCAUUUCUUCAGGAAUGUGGGCCGUCAUAGACAAUGCUAUGACUUUUGGACUUGCAAGCAAACACCGCGAGCUACGGCUCUCGCGUCGACUUCGCUCCACUCGAAAACUGUUCUCAAGAUUGACUGGAUUUCACGGACUGCUGAGUGGAAAAAGUUACUAUGAAUCACGAAACUUAGGUCCUUCUAGUACCUUCCGUGGCAAGAAGAUGGCGCCUAGUCGAUAUCAAGACACAGUUACACGAAAUAACCCAGAUGACCGGCUUUAUAGCGACAAUGAAGAAGCUUCAAAUGAUGCGAUGAACGAAGAAGAAAAGAAAAGGUUGGAAAGGGUGAAGACAAUUGAUCGGCUUAUUGCAGAGGGUCAAGAGCGCCUUCAACAAUUAAUUUGCGAAAAAGAUGUAUUGCAACGUCGUCCAAAUCCACUGUUCCAGUAUUCAACCCAGUCCACUCAAGUGUCGGAGUUAACUGAAGACAAGGUUCAAGCGUCUGGUUCGUCGAUUAAUCAAACAACCUCGCGCCAGUUUAAGUUUCCGCCCGAUGAUUUGGUUGACGAAUAUCUUGAAAUGAUUUUCUGGAGUCGAAGGGUGACAAAGAUGAAUCAUACGCAUUUAUGGAAAGACACUGAUCUACAAGAGGAUGACGAGAGAAUUGUAGAAGAUUUUCUAGCACCGACCAAGCAGAAAGGUUCGAACAAGUAUCCAAGGAGUAGGACAAAGCAUGGCGGUAGCGGGAAUUGGUUACUCCGACAAAGCAUUGGAAAGGGUCCUAGUUUGGGCGAAAAGAUUGGGGAAUCGAUGGAGAGAGCAGCAUACAAAGCUGUUGCUGGUGCAGUAAUGUCCGCUCUUGCUCGAGCUCUGUCUGGUCUGCAUGGCCUCAAUGUGCUUGAAAACGCCGAUAUUUCCCUUAUGCUUGAACAAUCUCCCGAUUUACCCGACAUACCACCAAUGGAUGCCACGCCCUCAGAUUAUGCUCAUGACGCUCUCAAAAAAGUUUUUCGAACAAAGUCAAGACACCGAAAGAAGAGACACAAGCAAAGAAGUGCAGAUCGGGAAUAUAUUCAAAAGGAUGCUGUCACAGAGAUGCUGCUUUCCCAGGCUCAAAUCUCGGCACCUCUGCUUCAAUUUUUUCCACAAGCAUGGCAACGAGCUUUGCUUGGCAAUAUAAUAACUCUCUCAACGGCAGUCAUAUCAGACUUUUUUGAUGGAUUGAAGUUUCAGAUCCUUGGCUACCAAUUGUCGUUUUCAUUCAAGCCAAUUACGCAAGAAGAUAUGAUCAAUCAUCUUGGGUUCGCAAGGGCAAACGACAGGAGUGGGAAACUUGCCGAUUUUGAGGCUGCUGUGAAAGCUACAGCGCAAGACAUUGCAGAUGAACUCAAAUUCUUGGACCGUUGGCAUGAACGUGCCUUGGGUUCGGGGAUAUUGAGAACUCAGAUUGCUAAUUUGAUAGCGAGAGUUGUUCUAGCUCUCGUGGAUGAUAUACUUCGCGAUUCUCGCAUGAAUCUGUGGUCAGCCCAUGCUGGAGGUCCUCGGAUCAUAGCCGGCCUUGAAUAUAGAACCCAAGCAAGCAACGCGACAAGGCAUCUUGAAAAGGAAUAG